AUGAGUUAGUGUUAGCAUUGCUCGUAAGUAGAGAACCCACAAAUUUCCGCGAGUUUAUCGUCAAUGCCUCUACACUGGAAAGUAUGGACUACAUACUUUACGUCUGAAUUAAUCCGCUCUUUUAUCAUCAACAAAUUUUGUUCAUAGCAUUUGUCUCUGAAACGAACAUCCGUUAAACUACUGUACUGGUAGCUAACUGGCUAAUGCUAUUGAAUAUUAUUUACGAUGGUGAGCUUAUAUACUUAGAUACUGUAAACAAUCGAUUGGACUAGAUAUAUUAUCGUAAUAUCGGGUAAAAUGUCAAAUGACUUGUCCCUCCACCCGACAGACGUCGUUAUGUUAAAUGUACCAAUUAUCCGCCAGUUGUACCACUGGGACUGCGGUUUAGCGUGUUCUAAAAUGGUAUUAAAAUAUCUACAUCCAGUGAGUGAAGAUGAGUUUCGGAGAGCCUGCUCUGAACUGAAAUUGACAGAAAGCGUGUGGACCAUUGACCUUGCUUAUCUCAUGGGCCAGCUAGGCGUAAAGCACUGUUUCUGCACACAAACAUUAGGGGUAGACAAGGGGUUUAAAAACCAGUCAUUCUACAAAAAGCAUUUUGAUUCAGAAGAGGACAGAGUUAAUGAACUCUUUCUGAAAGCAGAGAGCCGAGGCAUAAUGGUAAAGAAAUGCUCUGUGACUGUUCAGGAGAUCCAGUCUCAUCUGAACCAUGGACAUGUGGCCAUUGUGCUGGUAAAUGCUGUAGUGUUAAUGUGCGAACUCUGCUCCACUUCAGUCAAGUACUGCUGCUUUCUACCUGUGAAUCAGAAGUGUUUCUGCAGUACACCUGAUUACCAAGGCCACUUUGUGGUUGUGUGUGGAUUUAAUCGUACUGCUGGGUGCAUUUUCUAUAACAAUCCUGCUUAUUCUGACCGUGUCUGCUGUACAAGCAUUAGCAAUUUUGAAGAAGCAAGAAUGAGCUAUGGAACAGAUGAGGACAUACUUUUCAUCUUCAAGGACAGCUGAUCACUAGAUCGACCUUUUUCUUUUGUGUCAUGGUAAGGGUUUUUUGUAGGCAUAAAAUAUAUAUUAACAUGAUUAUAAUUACAAAAAAUAGGGCAGCCCUCCAGAAACUAUAUAGCUCACACUCAUGAGCAAACAACUUGACCUAUGAACAGACUUAAAAUAGCUGAAACUUUCAAUCUCCUUGUGCAAAUGAAACACAUAUGGCUGUUAUGUGAGUUUAUUAGUAAUAAACCAUUAUUGUUAAAUGUUAAUGCACAAAUAUAUAGACAAUAUAGUUCAUUGAUGUUGCACAGAAAAUGGAAACCAAAAUGCACAAUAGUGUACAAUAAUUAAUGCAAAAGCUACAUGCAUAUACAAAUGUUCAAAUACGUGUAUACAUGCAUAUGUAUGCACAUACACACAAUUGGUACCAUUGUUCUGAAAUACUCAUUCUGUUGAUGUGAAAUUUAACUGAAGCUCUACCCAUGUAUCUGCAUGUUUUAUGCAUUUCACUGCAGCCACAUGAUUGGAUAAAUGCAAGUAUCUUUUUAAAGUGUCUGGUAAUUGUAUUCUUAUUCAUGUUGAAAGGUGCAUAUAUUAGAGGUCUGAAUUUCAAAAAAUAGUGCUAUCUUGUGUGUUAUUUUAUGUUAAUUUAUUAUUCUACACAUAGAUGGAUACAAAUUACUGCAUUUUUUAAAUGUGUUGUGAUCAUCUGAAACUAUUAAUUACACUUGACAUUUACAUAUUUGUGGACUGUAAGAUACUGUAUACUUGUGCAUUUUCUGAUUGUAUUUGUCAUUUUGUUACACUUUUACUUUAGCUGUAGUAUUAGAUUCAACCUGUGAGAUGAAUUCUGUUUACAAAGUUUUAUUCUCUAUUUCACAAAAUAUAUAUACAUUUUCCAUUGCCAUUUUGCUGAAUCACAUCAUCAGAAUUAAUUUAUUACACAGUUAACAAAGCCCCAGUCUAUAUCAUUGUGUAAUGCAGAGCAGCAUUACUACUUGAAAUCAGCUAAUGUAAUAUUUCACAAUUUCUAAGAAAUUAGUACACUCUGAGCAAGUGUUGUUAAUGAAAUCAUUACUUAUUACAACCAUCAACAAACAGCAGUGGCCUUUUUUUUUAAAAAAAAAGAACAUUUGUUUUUAGGCCAAGGGGUGAAAAUGCUAUGCAUGAUAUAAUGACGGGAGGUAACCCAUACUCAGAAUUUGUUCUCUGCAUUUAACCCAUCCAAAGUGCGCACACAGCAGUGAACACACACAAAACGUGAACACACACCCGGAGCAGUGGGCAGCCAUUUAUGCUGCGGCGCCUGGGGAGCAGUUGGGGGGGUCUGGUGCCUUGCUCAAGGGCACCUCAGUCAUGGCCAGCCCGAGACUCAAACCCACAACCUUAGGUGCAUUUAUCAUCAAGCAUUUUACGCCUGAAAAUGCCUGUCUGUUCAAUAUGUAUGUGCUUUUUUUUACGUUCUGUGUAUUUGAAUUCUAUACAAUAAAACCGUUUAUUACUAAAAGA